AUUCUCAAAUAAUGCGCAAUCAUCAGUACAAUAAUAAUCCUAUCCAACGUAACAAUAAAUCAGAGUGCCAGUUAUACGUUAUAUUUUCUUGGACUUAACCUAAUUUUAACCGUACAUACGAUUUUGAAUUUAUAUGUCAUAAGGCUUAACGCAAAUACAAUUGGAGUUUCAAACACGUCAGUGAACUAAAUAACCAUCAACAUGACGGAGGACAUGUUAGGAGCUGAUAUUUGCCGGGUGUGUAGAUCAGAAGGUCUCUCGGACCGACCACUCUUCCAUCCGUGCAUCUGCACUGGUAGUAUCAAGUGGAUCCAUCAGGAAUGUUUACUCCAGUGGAUGAGAUACUCUCGAAAAGAGUACUGUGAAUUAUGUGGUCACAGGUUUUCAUUCACACCAAUUUACAGCCCAGAUAUGCCGCGUCGUCUACCACUCCGCGAUGUCGUAGGUGGAUUAUUUUCAAGUGUUGUAACGGCUGUUAGUUAUUGGUUCCAUUACACUUUGGUAGCACUUGCGUGGCUGGGUUUGGUACCUUUGACAGCUUGUCGUACUUAUCGUGCAUUAUUCAGCGGGUCAUUGGACCUGGUUAGAAUAAUGUCUCUACCCAUGGAUAUGCUGUCGCUUGACAAUAUAUCAUCGGAUGUGUUUCACGGUUGCUUUGUUGUGACUUGUACUCUGUUCGCGUUCAUCGGGUUGGUGUGGCUUCGAGAGCAAAUAUUGCAUGCAGGUGGACCGGAUUGGUUGGAGAGAAAUGUCCAACAACUACCAGCAGCGGGUGGAAAUAAUCAAGCCGCGGCAGUGCAACCGCAGCUACAAGAUCCACCUGGACAACCUGAUGUUGUACGUGGAGAUAAUAACAACGUACCGCCAUUUGUUGACGAACCGCCACGUCCAGUUGAUGUUAAUGAUGACGAUCAGCCUAUGUACCGUGAAGUUGGUGAUAACAGUCCAGAGAAUGCAGUAGUGGGUGCUGAGGCGAAUCAAGAGCCACGUAAUGAGGGCAAUGAUAACGCUGAAGAAGCUCAAGGGGAAGGAGCUGCUGUUGGGUGGGAAGGACAGGUCCAAGAUCAGGCUCAAGCACCUGGUGAAGCUGAAGAAGCCAAUUGGAACCCUAUGGAAUGGGACAGACCUGCUGAAGAACUAACUUGGGAACGUCUUCUUGGCUUAGACGGCUCGCUCUUAUUUCUCGAGCACGUUUUCUGGGUGAUAUCAUUGAACACGGUGUUCAUUCUGGUGUUUGCAUUCUGUCCUUACACAUUUGGAUAUUACACAAUAGCCGCUCUGGGACUAAAGGAACAUGCAGCAGCUUCACACUUCGAGGGUCUGGUGACGACACUUUGUGGCUACGGUGUAAUCGGAACUAUCUUGGUUAUUUUACAUACAGGAGCUGCAAUAUUCGGGUUGCAACGUUCCCAGCGUUUCCUCGGACUCGGUUACGUCGUCGUAAAAGUAUCACUGCUCUCAGUAGUGGAGAUCGGAGUGCUGCCUCUGGUUUGCGGCUGGUGGCUUGACAUUUGUUCGCUCGCAAUGUUUGAUGCAACACUUAAAGAUCGUGAAUCAUCAUUCAGACUAGCACCAGGUACCUGUAUGUUCAUACAUUGGCUCGUUGGGAUGGUUUACAUCUACUACUUUGCCUCAUUCAUUCUCUUACUUCGCGAAGUACUGAGACCCGGUGUCCUCUGGUUCUUGCGUAAUUUAAAUGACCCAGACUUUUCGCCGAUCCAAGAGAUGAUUCAUUUACCAAUUUUACAACACGCGCGCAGACUAAUAGUGUCAGCAGUAAUAUUUGGUACAGCCAUACUACUGAUGCUGUGGCUGCCAAUCAGACUCUUGAGAUGGGCAUGGCCUGGAUUUUUACCCUACACAGUCACAGUGCAAACUGAAUCCCAAGUAAGUGAGUUAUCACUUGAGCUACUGCUUCUCCAAGUUAUUCUACCAGCGCUGCUAGAGCAAUCGCACACGCGAACGUGGCUCAAGGCUUUGAUCCGCGGGUGGUGUCAAGCAGUCGCUUGGAUACUAGAUCUCCAGUCUUACUUGCUGCGCGAUCAACGAGAUGAUCAAGGUCCAGCGGUUAUUGAAGAGCAGCAGCAUCCAGGAUUGGGUGCCGCUCAUCAGGCAGCACAUCAAGCCGCUCAAAUGCUGCACCGUGACAUUCCUACAGGCUAUCAGCCUUACGUACGGACGAAAUGGUUUCCACUGAGACUAGUUGGACUACUGAUAUGUGUCUGCAUUUCUUUGGUCAUCGCCAGUCUUGUUGCCAUGACUUUGCCAGUCUGGCUGGGUCGUAGAGUGAUGGCUCUGUGGAUGGUUGGAGCACCAGCACCUUCACCGCCAGUAUUGCCACCAACUCUAUCAGUAAACAGUGUAGGCGAAGCCAUGGUCGUGUUCUCAGGACGAGUUCAUGAAAUUUACACCGUCGCUUGUGGUACUUACGUCUGCUGGGCAGCAGCACGUGGUCUGGCUCUGGCACUGUCGUGGUUACCACGUGGACGACGUGCUAUUCUAGACAGAAUAAAACACUGGGCGAUUGUCAGCGUAAGAGCCUCGAUAGCUUUUGUUCUGCUGGUUGGUGUAAUUCCACUACUAUUUGGCCUUCUACUGGAACUAGUUGUCGUUGUGCCACUUCGUGUACCCCUGGAACAAAAUCCCAUCCUGUUUAUCUGGCAAGACUGGGCACUAGGUGUCCUUUACACCAAAAUAGCAACAGCUGUUACCAUGAUGGGCCCCGAGUGGCGACUGCGUCUUGCUAUUGAGAAAGCUUACAAUGACGGUGUCAGAGAAAUGGAUCUUAAAUUCAUAAUAACAGAAUUAGCAGCACCUGUUAUCGGUGUAUUUGGUCUGGCAUUAGCAGUACCCUAUGCCUUUGCUUAUGGUAUUGUGCCAUUAUUUGUAACAAAUUUACAAACACAAAUAUUAAUAGCUAGGUGUCUUUAUUCUGUUUUACUUUGGAUAAUAUUUGUUUGUGUUUUGAUAGUAUUUCAUAUACGACAGUUUAAAAAACUUUAUGAGAGAAUUAAAAAUGAUAAAUAUUUAGUGGGGCAACGUUUGGUUAAUUACGAGCAUCGAAAUAAACAAACGCAGAAAGUUACUAAUUAAUUAAUUAAUUAAUAACUUUUAUUAUUUUAUUAAUUAAUUGAUUAAUAUUUAAGAUAAGAUACGUGCAAUGUGACCCGAUAUGGUUUAGAUUUAGCUUCGUGUACAUUCUUAUAUUAUCAUCUUUUAUUUACUAAUACAUCAAUUAAUAAUAAUAAUAAUAAUAAUAAUAAUAAUAAUAAUAAUAAUAAUAAUAAUAAUAAUAAUAAUGAAUCAAAGAUAAUUUAUGCAUUUCCAGUUAAUAAAUAUUUAAAUUCAAGGCCAUUCUUAGACAGUUUCUCCCUUUUUUGAAAUUUUAAAUGACAGCUGUCGUAAUGGUAUUAAAAUUUUAUCAAUUAAUUAAAAACAUUAAAGCAUUAAUUAGAAAAAGAACAAUUUCGUUGAGAUAUAGAUUUUAAAACAAUUACUUAGUUGACAUCAAUUAGAAGUUAAAAUAAAUUUCAGUAAAAUUUUCAUGCCAAUUUUAAAAUAUUGUAAUACCUAAUUUAUAACAACAGUAAGUAAUUUUUAAUUCUAUAUUUGCGAAAUUGAGGUUUUAAUUAAUUAAUUAAAUUUGAAUACGGUAAAAAAAUUUGAAAGUUACUGCAUAUUUUUAAAAAGUGGAGGCCCUGUCUGAGAAUACCCUUAAUUUUUUUUUUUAAAUAUUAAAUUAUUUUUGAUGUAAAGGAAAAUUAAAAUUAUAAUAAAAGUUAUUUAAUUUUUUAUUAACUGGAGUAAAUUGCGUAUUUAUGACUCAUAACAAAAUAAAAAAAAGUUACUAAAAAUAAUUAGCGAUGUUAAUAAUGUAAUUUAAAAACUAUUUUUAUGUAGGCGAUGCUAAAUAAAUCAUAAAGACUGUGUUUGUU